UGGAAUCUCAUGUUCAGUGGUUCAAAAUAUGUUCUAUUCUACCUUUUCGCACUUGGUGGUUGUGUAUUUUUGUUUUCACGUUCUUCAAAGCUAUCAUAAAUUGCAAUUGACAUUGUAGGAAAACACAAAAUUUGGCGGGUGUCAUUCUUCAUUUGAGGGUGUCAUUCUUUAUUUGAGAGUCCCCUUCGUGAUCGGUUGUUCCAUUGUAUUUUAGCCUAGGGUGUGUUGAUGGUAGUCUCAUUGUAAUUUGACCUCUCUCUUUUAGAGUUUGUUAUCUAAUUUUUGUUUUUUCCGUUCUUAGUUCUGUGGACUUUCAUUGAAUUUAGAUGCAUAUAUUUAGUUAUAACCAUCUGAAAAUGAAUGCUAUCGAUGUACGCCAUAAAGUGUCUCCUUUAAUAAUUUUUGAAUAAAGUGAAAGUCUUGUUAUCGCACCUUGUGGAGAAGUCUUGGAUGUUGUCUUGAAGUUAAAGUUCGUUGACGACCUUGUGAAGGCUGUCAUAUCAUGGUUCUGAGAUCAGUAUGCUAUCUGUUGUAUUGAUUGCUGUUGUAGUAAUGGGACUUUGUUAGCUGACCUACAGUUAAAAGGGUCUAUGUUAGCAAGGGUGACAGUAGAGGCUUGGGACUUAAGGAUGAAAAUCUAAGCUAGUAAGCCAAGGAUGGAGGUCCAGUUAGAGGGGAGUAGGUUUUUCUAAAGUUUCAACCUCACAGAUGCAAACUACAAGUCACAAGCAACCAGUGGGGAGUUAAGCCCAAGAUUAUUUCUCAUUUCAGAUUUUCAAAAGUAUUGGCCAAGUUGCUCACUGGUUGUGCUUAUCAGUGAGCCAAUUACAUCCAGUGUUUCACAUUUUUGUGUUGAAGAAGGCACUUUCUUUGGAAACAUGUUCUCAGCCAUUACUCACUUAGAGAUUCAACAUCACAGGUUUUUAAUUUUAGCCAAGGUGCUGAUAAGUGUCAGAAAUCUCCUUGAUUGUGAGAAUUUAUGGGAAUUAGCAUCAGAUGCUUAGAACCUUUUUUCCUAUUUUAAACUUUGAGGAUGUUGUAAAACUUAUUUUUCGGGCCCAAGGGGGGAUAUUGUUAUUGGGUCUCCAAUUAUUAGGGUCUAUGUUAGGAAUAAAAAGAUGAUAAUAGAAAGUUGGGAUGCUGGUCUAUUACUAACAGUGCGGACUGUCUGUCAGAUGGUUGUAGUUGACACAAUUUUAUGGUGAUUACAGCCUAGCAUGGAUACCAGGCCAACAGACAAUUGCUUGCGAGAAACGAUGCCUUCAUUAGUCAUAUUUUGACAAAUCAGUUAGAGUACCAGGCACCUCAAGCUUACACUAUCAGUUGGAUGGCCAAACUGAUGUAGUAAAUGUCAGAAUUGUGUUUGUAUUAGAGAUGUCAUAGAGGUGUUCAAUAUCAUUUGCAAAUAUACUCUUAGCCUUCUUCCACAAAGAGUGACGCAAUUUGAAUAUUCUAAGAGUUCUCAAUAUAUGUUGGGUUACACUGAUUGCCACAACAAGGUACAAGGAUGGAAAUCCAUCUUUUCCUACUGUUCAAAUUUGUCUGAUGGUAUUUUAUUACCAUCUUCUUCUGAGUGUUCAUGAAAACCUUGCCAAGAAAACACAUUUCAACCGAUACAGACCUAGACAAAUAAUUUUUGCCUUUAAAGCUUCUUUGAAGUAAUUGUGGGUGACCUAGAAAAUCAGUGGACAGAUCAGAUGCCAUGGUAGACUAGAAACAGAGAGCAUAGGUGUAAAAGACGAACUUACAAGGUGUUCAAAUGGGGUCCUGAAGUCUAAUUAGUGGGAAAGGACGGAAAGGAUGUUGGGAGAGGGAUAAGAGAGGCACAACAUUGUCCCAGCGAUUGGAAGUGGUGGGUGGAUUGCACGGGUUGGCCCUGCAAAGGUGUAUGUGGCUGUGCAUGAUGAAGAAUUAAUUAUUCACCAUGCCAUUCAAUGGUGUUUCAGCAGUUUUAGGAAGAAGCCCUUUUUCUUUGCAUGCAUCAAUUGCUUCAGUAUCUAAAAGCUGUAUGUGGCUGUUGCUUCACUGGAAAGGUGUAUGUGGCUAUUGCACAUAUCUAAAAGCAUCGUACAAGGGAGAAUCUCCCACUUUACUUCGAUACUCAAGACAUCAUCAAUGUAGGAAGUGCAUCUAUUGGCAGGGUGCAGGAAUUAAUUAUUGGAUAAACUCAAGAUUUUCCUUGGGAAGGCACUGCUGUUGCAUCAAAUUUCAAUAGAAAAUGCGAGGCCCUUGCAGUGUCUGGCUUGGUUGAUUAUGGAGAUGAGAUUGAUGUCAUUGCCCCAGCAGACAUUUUGAAGCAGAUAUUUAAAAUGCCAUAUUCCAAGGCUCGACUAUCAAUUGCUGUUCGUCGCAUUGGUCAUACUCUUGUUUUAAACACAGGGCCAGAUGUUGAAGAGGGAGAAAAACUUAUAAGGAGACAUCACAAUCAAGCAAAAUGUGCAGAUCAAUCUUUAUUCUUGAAUUUUGCUAUGCAUUCAGUCAGAAUGGAGGCAUGUGAUUGUCCACCAACACAUCAUGUUCCAUCAGAAGAUCAAUCAAAUUCUUCUGUACUUCCUGGAGGAAAACCGCCCCAUAUUGUGGUACAAAAUGAAGAUGUUGUUCAAGCAGAAGGAUACAAUUGCCAUUCUGAGUACUCACAGGUUGAACCGGAAAACUUCUAUUGGGGUAGCAAGAAGAACAGGAGAAAUAAGAACCGUAGUCCAGUGAAAAAGGAGUCACAAGUUGGUGAAAAACCCAGAUCAUCAAUGCAAGAAUCUGAAAAACAAAGAAAAGUUGGUAAUGAUAACUUUCUUAGGAUUUUAUUCUGGCAGUUUCAUAACUUCCGCAUGCUCUUGGGAAGUGAUCUACUUUUAUUCAGCAAUGAAAAGUAUGUUGCUGUGAGCUUGCAUUUAUGGGAUGUCACACGACAGGUCACACCUUUGACAUGGCUCGAAGCAUGGUUAGACAAUGUCAUGGCAAGUGUACCUGAGUUGGCUAUAUGUUAUCAUCGCAAUGGUGUUGUUCAGGGGUAUGAGCUUUUGAAAACCGAUGAUAUUUUUCUUUUGAAAGGGAUAUCAGAGGAUGGGACACCUGCAUUUCAUCCUCAUGUUGUACAGCAAAAUGGUUUGUCUGUUUUGAGAUUCCUUCAGGAUAAUUGUAAACAGGAUCCUGGAGCUUAUUGGCUUUAUAAAGGUGCUGGUGAAGAUGAUAUACAACUUUUUGAUCUUUCCAUUAUCCCCAAAAACCGAUCAUCAGAUGAUAGUGAUGACUCUUCAAGGUCCUUGCCAUCGUCAAUUAGUAGGGGUCGAAGUGAUGCAGUAUAUUCAUUGGGAACUCUCCUCUAUCGAAUUGCUCACAGGCUUUCACUGUCAAUGGCUGCUACAAAUAGGGCUAGGUGUGUGAGGUUCUUUAGAAAGUGUUUGGAAUUUCUUGAUGAUUCAGACCAUCUGGCAGUACGAGCAAUAGCUCAUGAACAAUUUGCAAGGCUGAUUUUAAAUUAUGAUGAUGAGUUGAAUUUAACUUCUGAAUCUCUGGCCCUAGAGUGUGAACUAACUGUUACUGAAGCCAAAGAGUCAUCUUGGGAUGUUGAAAACAGUAAUUCUGAACGAGGAGGUGCCCAUGAGGUAUUUUAUCUGCAUGCUGCUGACAAAUCAGGUGAACAGGGAAAUAUGAUUGAGCACUUAGAAUCAGAAUGUUCUGUGAAGAUGGUUUCUGAUGGACAACCCUCAUCUGGGGAACUGAUAUUGGUCAAUAACAUAGAAUUGAGCAAUCGCGAAGGGGAUGUACCAAUCACGUAUCCUGAUGUUAGCUCUUCAGUUUGUGAAGUGUGUCCAGUUCCAACGCCUGUGGUUCAGACAGUUGCCGACCCAAUCUCAUCUAAGUUAGCUGCUGUACAUCAUGUUUCACAGGCUAUUAAGUCUCUGAGAUGGAUGCGACAGCUUCAGAGUACAGAACCAGAGGUGAUGGAUCAAUUCACUGAAAAUCAUGAUAGACCAUCAUCAUCUUUUAGUGUUUCUGUUUGUGCUUGUGGAGAUGCUGACUGUAUUGAAGUUUGUGAUAUUCGAGAAUGGCUUCCAACAUCCAAGUUGGAUCAUAAGUUGUGGAAACUUGUUCUUUUGCUUGGAGAAUCGUAUUUGGCACUUGCAGAUGCUUAUAAGGAGGAUGGCCAACUGCAUCAAGCAUUAAAGGUAAUUCAGCUAUCAUGUUCUGUGUAUGGAUCAAUGCCUCCACAUCUUGAAGACACAAAAUUUAUUUCUUCAAUGGCUAGUGGCUCAUCCUUGCAGAGAAAACUCAUUGAUCUGAAUGAAAACACAUCAUGGGAUGAUGUAAAAGACGAGACUGUUAGUGGCUAUAUUGAAAGAAAGUCUUCUGUUUACCUUUUCUGGGCAAAGGCAUGGGAACUAGUGGGAGAUAUUUAUAUUGAAUUCCACAAGAUAAAGGGUAAAGAAAUCUCAAUACAAGAUCUGAAAAAACCUGUAACCAAAGAAUUGAGAAUGUCAUCUGAGGUUGUGAAGGAAGUUAAAAGGCUGAAAAAGAAGUUGGUACAAAUUAACCAUAACUGCAGUUCAUGUUCCUUGGUAAACUGCAGCUGCCAGAGUGACAGAGCUAGCAGUGGAAACAGUGCAAGCAGUAGUAGUGCAGCUUUGGGCCUCAUGACUCAUGGUAGAAAGCAUAAUAAACGAUUAUCUGCUAAAAAUGCCAAUUACUCACCACCAAAAGAUCCAGGAGACGAGUUCAUUAAUGACAAGGAGAAUGGAAAAGAUUUUGACAACAAAUACAUUGAGCAUAGUAAUAAUGGUGGAGAUCUGAAUCAGAUAGAUACUCCUGAGAGUAGAAUGGAAAUCGAAUCUUUGGCUGCUAUAAACCCUAGAACUCUUGAGGGAUCCUCAGAGAUGGAUGCCUCAUGUUCUAGUGUUGUUUCUCAAUCAGAAAAUAAUUCAAAUGAAACACAGAAACUGAAAAAUGGUGGGAUAUUUGAGUACCUAGUUGAACCUCUAGUGGUAAGUGUAGAGUCCAAUCUUGUAGCUGCUCUAAAGUGCUAUGAAGAAGCUAGACAAUCAUUACUUAAACUUCCAAAUAGUUUGUCUGAGUUACAAUCUGUGGUUAAAAAGAAAGGGUGGGUUUGCAAUGAAUUGGGCCGAAUCAGACUUGAGAAUAAAGAAUCAAUUAAGGCUGAACUAGCAUUUACAGAUGCUAUAGAUGCAUUCAGAGAAGUUUCAGAUCAUACCAACAUAAUAUUAAUAAACUGUAAUUUAGGCCAUGGCAGACGGGCAUUGGCUGAGGAGAUGGUAUCUAAAAUAGAGAAUCUUAAGCUACAUAAUAUUUUCCACAGUGCAUACAAUCAUGCAUUGGAAACUGCAAAACUGAAAUAUUUAGAAUCCCUUAGAUAUUAUGGGGCAGCAAGGUUAGAAUUGAAUGCCAUGAAUGAUCAUGACGAUUCUGUGACAAGCAGCUUGAGGAAUGAGGCACAUACACAGUUUGCUCAUACCUAUCUGCGGCUUGGAAUGCUUUUGGCAAGAGAAAAUACUACUGCAGUUUAUGAAAAUGGAUCACUGGAAGAUACAUGUGUAAGUCACACAAAGCCCCAAGACAGAAAAGCCAGAAAAGAUUUGAGAAAGCAUGAGAUUUCAGCUAAUGAGGCCAUUAGGGAAGCCUUAUCUGUGUAUGAGUCACUUGGUGAACUGCGCAAACAGGAGGCUGCAUAUGCUUACUUCCAAUUGGCUUGCUAUCAGAGAGACUGUUGUUUGAAAUUUAUGAAUUCAGGAAAUAAGAAAAGCAUUUUGCAAAAAGGAGAAAAUAGUGCUGUACAGCGAGUAAAACAGUAUGCAUCUCUGGCAGAGAGGAACUGGCAAAAAGCGCUGGACUUCUAUGGCCCUACAACUCAUCCUAAUAUGUAUUUGACUAUUGUUAUGGAGAGAUCAGCUCUUUCAUUAAGCCUUUCAAGCUUUUUACACUCCAAUGUGGUGCUGGAAUCAGCUUUGGCGCAUAUGCUUGAAGGGCGCCAUGUUUCAGAUACUACUGAGGACACUUUCAGUACUAGAUAUCCUGAAUUACAUGCAAAAUAUUGGAGUCAAUUACAGAUGCUUUUGAAGAAAAUGUUGGCCACGAUUCUUUCAUCGAGUGCAAACAAAACUCCUUGUCAACCAUCUUUGACAUCUAGCAGAUUUGGUGAUGGUGGAAAGAUCAAAGAACUCUACAAGAUGUCCCUGAAGGGUACUGACAUGAUCCAACUGCAUAACAUGCACAACUUGUGGAUAUCGUGAUGGGAAGUUAGUCCAGCUGCACACACCGGGUACAGUGUAUAUAGCUUGUAAAAGUCAUGACAGUAACUUCAUGGUGACAUUUCUUCUCUUGUUAACUAUGGAUCAGUGCAAAAUUAUAAGAAAAACCUAACCAGUAGUAGAAAUAUUGUAGAAAAUCAAUGUAUAUAUUUAUGCUUUAGCUACUUUGGGAAUGGAUAAAAGGAUAUCGAAGUAUAAAAAGAGGUUUACAUGCAUUUUUAUUGUCUUGAAAAA